AUGAGGACUUCUUUUGUGUUUUCUUGGGCUCUGCUAGUGGCUCAAACAUAUGCAAAUGUAACUUCGAUUGACGAAGAGCUAAUUAUACCAAAUGAAACCGAUACCGCUGGGACUGUUUUCGAAACGUGUCCUAUCGUUACGACCUCUUCCGAGACCGAUAGUACAAGUGAGUCAUUAGAAGCAGGAAGCUUGUUUAACGACACGACAGAGCUCGAUGGCGCUGUGAAUGAAGAGGGGGAAGGCGAUAGGGUUGUUCUAUUUGAGAAUGUAGAGCCCAUUAAGUAUCCAUUUCAAGAAAAGCUGACAUUGAAGCCAUUGCCACGCAAUUUUAUGGCUGCUUCCUUUCAAUUUCAAAUGAGCUCUAACAAUCUCACUGUUGGAGAGGCGGAAUCAGAUUUUGAUGCUUACCGCCACUAUACAGUUUUCCCCAAGGCCUUGAGUCCAAUCCUUGAAUAUACUCAAACGCGACAAUUGCAUAUUCGUUUCACACACGGUCGUUGGGAUGCAGAAUCCUGGGGUCAAUUGCCCCACAGAGGUUCCAAGUCUGGCGGAAACGGAGUUGAACUUUGGGCCGUCAUCGAAGCCAGCAACAAAAAUGAGGCGUUUGACAACUGGAUAUCGCUCGCCAAUUCUUUGAGUGGACUUUUCUGCUCCUCCAUCAAUUUCAUUGAUAUCGAAAAGACAACCUAUCCGGUUUUGUCGUUCCAACCAGCCAAAAAGGAAUCUAUGCCAAUAUUCAAUUCCUCAAACCAUCUCUUUCUCAUACGAGCAGCACUGGCCAAUGAACCUAUCUGCACAGAGAACUUGACGCCAUUUUUGAAACUUCUACCCACAAGAGGUAGAGCUGGAAUCUCUUCUCUAUUGGAUGGUCACAAAGUUUUCGACUCGAAUUGGCACAGUCUGUCUAUAGACGUUGAGACCCGUUGUGAAGGUAUUCAUUGUAAAUACUAUAUGGAGGAGUACAUUGAAAUGGUAUUCAAUGUUCCUAGCUCUUUGGCUCGUGCAGAUAAGCCGAUUCCAAAGCCUUUGCAGGAGGACGCAUUAAUGUGCGACGAAAGUAAACCACACGACUCUUACGAAUGUUUUCCGUUACCGCAACGCAAGGAAACCAAGUUUGAACUAUCAAAGCUUUUCGGGAAAAAAAUUAUUGGAUCAAGCUUAAUUUCUGAGUACCCUUCUAAGGUAUGUGCAGUAGUCAGUGAUGCUUGGAAUGUUCUCAUCAGUGUAGGUGAUGUUUUCUACUCAACAGAUGACAACUGUUUCACUGUUAAGGACAAGGAGCUUCACGAUCUACACUUCGAAUCUGAAAAUACUGCUGAUAUUGCAGAACCUGACAAGGCUCCAAUCUUUGUUAGUAGGUCUUUGACCGGAUAUGGACAGGACAGUGGCGGGCUUCGUGUAGUUUUCAGAAAUCCAGGAAAUGAAACUGUGACUGCCGUAUACUUUGAAUCGCUACCAUGGUACAUGAGGCUAUACCUAUCGUCUCUAAAGUUGGAAAGCGAAGUGGGACUUGAAAUUGAAGAUGUCAUAAAGAGCACAUUUUAUCUACCGGCAAUUGACAGAGAGAGACCAACGCAUUUGGAAUUUAGUCUAUCUAUACCUGCGAACACAUCUUUGGCGCUGUCAUAUCAAUUCGACAAAGCUUUGCUCAAAUACGCAGAAUACCCUCCAGAUGCCAAUCAUGGAUUUGAAAUCGAGUCUGCAGUGGUAACUGUCAUUGAGCCUACGCAAUACGAGAUGAGAACAUCUACGCUAUUGCUCUCGUUAUCGACGCCUGAUUUCAGUAUGCCUUACAAUGUUAUAAUACUUACCUCCACGAUAAUGGGCCUGGCGUUCGGCACAUUGUACAAUUUAAUGGUUAAGAGAUUAGUGACCAUAGAAGAAGCGGAUAAAAAAUCCUCAUCUAGACGAGGACUCAAAAGUAGGCUAUUGAGCUUUUUCUCCAGGAUAAAGAGAAAUGGUGGCAAAGUUGAUGUUGAGAAAAAACAGCAAUAG